CCCAACGACGUUCGCGACAACCUGGGCAGUAAUGUCUCGGUUUACUCGUCGGCCUUCGCGAACCCAGUCGCGACGCCUGGCGUCCUCACUUACCCUCUUCUUCGUCGCUGUUCUCGCACUCCUUUUGGUCUGCCCAGUUGCCGUGAAGGCGGAGGAGGACGCGAAAGCGAAGUAUGGGCCUGUCAUUGGUAUCGAUUUGGGAACAACCUACUCUUGCGUCGGCGUACAACGAGGAGGGCGUGUUGAGAUUAUCGCGAACGACCAGGGUCAUCGUAUCACGCCGUCGUGGGUCAGCUUCACGGAUGAGGAACGUCUCGUUGGCGACGCCGCAAAGAAUGCCUACCACUCCAACCCCGAGAACACCGUGUUCGACGCAAAGCGUCUAAUCGGUCGCAAGGUCGACGACCCCGAAAUCAAGCGCGACCAGGUGCACUGGCCAUUCCAGGUCGUGAAGAAGAAUGACAAGCCCGCAAUUGAGGUCAAAUACAAGGGCGAGGCCCGCCAGUUCACCCCGGAGGAGAUCUCGGCUAUGGUCCUUGUCAAGAUGAAGGAGACUGCUGAGGCGUACCUCGGCCAGACCGUCACCCACGCCGUGGUUACUGUCCCAGCGUACUUCAACGACGCUCAGCGUCAGGCUACUAAGGACGCCGGCACCAUCGCUGGUCUCCAGGUGCUCCGUAUCAUCAACGAACCCACUGCCGCCGCUAUCGCUUACGGUCUCGACAAGAAGGGCGGCGAGUCGCAGAUUAUCGUCUACGAUCUCGGCGGUGGUACCUUCGAUGUCUCUCUUCUGUCUAUCGACGACGGCGUCUUCGAGGUCUUGGCCACCGCUGGGGACACUCAUCUCGGCGGCGAGGACUUCGAUAACCGUGUCAUGGACUACUUCAUCAAGCAGUACAAGAAGAAGACCGGCACCGACGUCUCACAAAACCUCAAGGCGCUCGGCAAGCUGAAGCGCGAGGUUGAGAAGGCCAAACGCACACUCUCCAGCCAGCAAUCCACUCGUCUCGAGAUUGAGUCCUUCGAGGACGGCAACGAUCUCUCUGAGACGCUGACUCGCGCCAAGUUCGAGGAGCUGAACAUGGAUCUCUUCCGCAAGACCAUGAAGCCUGUCGAGCAGGUGCUCAAGGACGCGAAUCUCAAGAAGGAGGACAUUGACGAGAUCGUGCUCGUCGGUGGCUCGACGCGUAUCCCCAAGGUCCAGCAGCUCUUGAAAGAGUACUUCCACAAGGAGCCUUCGAAGGGUAUCAACCCUGACGAAGCCGUUGCGUACGGUGCUGCCGUCCAGGGUGGUAUCCUUUCUGGCGAUGAAUCCCUUGGCGAUGUUGUUCUUGUCGAUGUCAACCCCCUCACGCUCGGUAUUGAGACCACUGGUGGCGUCAUGACCAAGCUCAUCCCUCGUAAUACCGUCAUCCCCACCCGCAAGUCUCAGAUCUUCUCGACCGCUGCUGACAAUCAGCCAACAGUCCUGAUCCAGGUCUACGAGGGUGAACGUUCGCUUACGAAGGACAACAACCUUCUCGGCAAAUUCGAGCUCAACGGCAUCCCACCUGCACCUCGUGGCGUCCCGCAGAUCGAGGUCAUCUUCGAGAUUGACGCGAACGGUGUGCUGAACGUCAAAGCCGCCGACAAGGGCACCGGCAAGUCAGAGUCGAUUACGAUCACGAACGAGAAGGGCCGCCUGUCGCCUGAGGAGAUUGAGCGGAUGGUGAAAGAGGCUGAAGAGUUUGCUGCCGAGGACGAGGCGAACCGGAAGCGCAUUGAGGCGCUCAACUCGCUCUCGACGUUCGUGUACUCGAUGAAGAACCAGUUGGCUGAUCAAGAGGGCAUGGGCGGAAAGCUUGAGGAAGAUGACAAGAAGGCAAUUCUCGCGGUCGUUAAGGAGACUACGGAGUGGAUCGAGGAGAGCGGCCAGACCGCGACUGCGGAGGACCUCGAAGAGAAGCUGCAAGAGGUGCAAAAUAUCGUGAACCCGAUCACGAGCAAGCUUUACAGCUCGGGUGGCUCGUACAACGACGACGACGAGCAGGAGCCCUUCCACUCUCAUGACGAAUUGUAGUGCACAGUAGUCUUGACAUUGUUCUAUACACCUGCGAUGCAUAAUUAAUUUUAUCUCUUC